UUUUUAAAGGAUUAAAAAGAUUGAAACAAGAGAACAUCACCCUUGGAAGAAAAAGGAAAUUGGCAUUUAAUUUGUGUUUCCUUAUUUUCAGCUACUCAAACUCAACAAAACACUGUUUGGAUAGCAACUAAAAGGAGAGAUUAUUAACGAAAAAUGGAGCACAACAAAAAUUCUCCAACCAAACGUGUCCGCUGCGUAGUCAAACUCGGAGGUGCAGCCAUCACGUGUAAAAAUAAAUUGGAGACUAUAGAUGAGGAGAAUCUUAAGGAAGUUUCAACCCAUCUUCGUCAAGCAUUUCUUCCGGAUUCUACUUCUGCAAAUGUUCUUGGAAUGGAUUGGAGCAAAAGGCCGGGACAGUCUGAAGCUCCAAGUUUCAUUGAUGAUUUCGGUGAUCAAUCAGUUGCGGAUUCAGAAAGUUUUAUUGUUGUUCAUGGAGCAGGUUCCUUUGGACACUUUCAAGCUAGCAAGUCAGGGGUUCAUAAGGGUGGACUAAGCCGACCUCUUGUCAAGGCUGGCUUUGUUGCUACAAGAAUUUCAGUCACAUCCCUCAAUCUUGAAAUCGUGAGAGCCCUAGCAAGAGAGGGUAUUCCUUCCAUCGGAAUGUCUCCAUUCUCAUGUGGUUGGUCAACAUGUCAAAGAAAUAUGAAGGAGGCUGACAUUUCAAUGGUCACUAAAGCUAUAGAUACUGGUUUUGUACCUGUUCUGCAUGGAGAUGCAGUCCUGGAUACAUUACAGGAGUGCACUAUUCUGAGUGGAGACGUGAUAAUGCGUUAUUUAGCAGCUGAACUAAAGCCAGAGUUUGUUGUUUUUCUUACGGAUGUUCUUGGCGUAUAUGAUCGUCCACCAGUAGAACCUGGCGCUGUACUUAUCCGGGAAAUUGCUGUACGUGAAGAUGGAAGCUGGUCGGUAGUGAAACCUAAAUUAGAAGAUACAAUUGAAUUCACUGUAGCUUCCCAUGAUACAACUGGUGGGAUGGUGACAAAAAUAACAGAAGCCGCCAUGAUUGCCAAGCUUGGAAUUGAUGUCUACAUAACGAAGGCAGGAACAGACCACUCAGUGAAAGCCCUUAGUGGAAUCUUGAAAGGUGGAAUACCGGAUGACUGGCUCGGAACAGCCAUCCGGUAUGUGAGCUAAAUCAUCGAUUGCUGAAGCUUGCCAACGAAACCUGGCAAGGAUAUUCGUGCAGUGAGAAUAUUGAAGCCGAUGAUGAACACAGGAAGAAAUGUACCAACUGGACCCCUGAGUGCGAGGGUUCAAAUCAUUUGAAGAAAUUUCAUAAUAGCAAAUUUUCGGUUUAUAAUGCCCAAUCCCCGUCCAUGCCUCGCUGAACCCUACUUCAUUCAUUCACUAAAGCAACAAAUUAUAACGAUUAACCAUUUUUGUAAGAGCAGGGAUUGUGACU